AUGGCCAGUUCAGCAGCCGAUCACGCCCAAGAACACCACAUGAACAUGGACAUGGACAUGGACAUGGACAAUUCGGCAGCGGAUCAAAUUCAAGCCCAGGAGGCACCCAUCGAGAGCUUUCAUGAAGAAGAAGCAGCUGAGUUUGACUCGGACGGAGAUGAAAUCCACUACUCCGAUUCCGACUCUGACGACCCUGAAGCGCACAUUCCUCUCAACGAAGAGGAGACGAUUGCUGAACACGAGUCGAUUCUGAACAAGAUCACACUCGACGCUGAAACAGUCAUCGCCUCCCAGCCACGAGCGACUCAAAUCGAAUUGACUGUUCGCACCCGAGCCCUCUUCAAAGACUACAAGCAUCACGGAUCGAUGGCGCGGCUCAAAGUCGGCUUAGACAAGUAUUUCCGCGAGGGCAGAGUGGACAAAGAGUUACGUUUUCAAUGGCCAGAGAAGGACAACAACAACAAUCCCUACACCGAACCAGGUUCAGCCACAGGCACCAGCACCACCACCACGAACUACCUCACCGGCCCCUUCAACGGCAAAACCAGACCAUUACACUUCGGCCAGUCCUUCCAAAUCAAUCACACCAGCUCCGACGACGACAACGGGUACUCGUCAUACAGCCAGAUUCCCUGUCCCGCCGACAAAAUCGACAACCCCCUAUUCCCCGAUCUACAACCGCACACCCAUCCUUUGAGGGUGAUCGACCCCGAAAUGAUUCCCUACGUGACCACACUGCCCUGGAACCCCGUAACCACCACGAUAGCCUGGGACCCGCGAGCUCUCCGAUGGCCAAUGGGCCUACUGGGCAAAAUCAACAGCAUUGUAAGUGUUGUGGACUUAGAAUGCCGCGCCCGUCUGUUCCACCACGUCUGUCGAUAUGGACCAUCCCCUGUCUUCCGUACAGGAAUCACCGAACAGAUCCGAACCCAUUGGUCGACUAUGUUUCAGUCGGCAACGCAGCAUUAUCUGGGAAUGACGCCUCAGACGCGCUCUUUUUUGAGAUCAGUCUAUGAGACGCAGACACACCUCAAUAGGGCGGAGAGGAGAUUACUUGCGCUGGCGUGUCGUGUUGCGGAGGAUUCGGUCGAUCUCUUCUGGGAGGAUCUGAAUGAGAGCCGCAGAGGGUAUGUGGCUAUGAAGGUGUUUAUUAUGGCUAGAGAGUGUGAGAGGGCAGUCGAGGCGAGAGAGGCGGAGAAGGUGCGGAAGCAUAGGAAGUUGUAUCAGCUUCACUGA